GGGAGACGCCUUCCUCUAACUGUAUAAAAGCCGGUCCUCACCGAUCGUCCGGCACUCUUGGUCUCUUUGUCUCACCGACAACAUCUCAACCAUGAACGCCGUUAUCGUCCUCCUCGGUCUCGUCUCCGCCGCCUCCGCCGGCUUCGUUGGCGGCUAUGGUGGCUACGGAGGACUCGGAUACGGCGCUGGCCUUGGCUACGGCUACGGCCAUGGCGUAGCCGUCGCCGCUCCCGCCGUUGCCGUCGCCCGCCCCGUCGCCGUGGCUGCUCCAGUGGCUGUGGCUCGCCCAGUGGCCGUCGCCGCCCCUGUCGCCGUCGCCCGUCCCGCUGUCGUCGCUGCCGCUCCGGCCGUCGGCCUGGGCUACGGAUACGGCGGUUUCGGCUACGGUGGUCUUGGCUACGGACAUGGCCUCGGCUACGGAGGCGGUUUCGCCGUCGCCGCUCCCGCCGUCGCCGUCGCUCGCCCCGUGGCUGUGGCUGCACCAGUGGCUGUCGCCCGCCCAGCUGUCGUCGCUGCCCCUGUUGCCGUCGCCGCUGCUCCUGCUGUCGCUUACGGCGGCUUCGGCUACGGCCACGGUCUCGGUUACGGUCUUGGCUACGGCCACGGUCUCGGCUACGGCGUUGGCUUCAAGAAGUACUAAGCGGUUUCACCACAUUAGGAUCUCACGCGAUCACCUCCUACCGUGUGGCGGAUCCCCAUGGAUUCCAUUGCCAAAAAACUUCGCUUCAUACGUCACAGCAAGCGACCAUUAUUGUGUUCAAAAUAAAUUGUUCGGGUUAUGACGGGGUGCGUUUUCCCAAAA